AUGACCGAGCCUCAAAAUAUAGAAUCUUCUAAACGAAGAAGAUCUAUCGCAUUGUUGACAAAACCCCCCUUAUCACAAUCACCAUACUCCUCAUCGCCAUAUUCGCCAUCGCCACCACCCCACAGAGGAUCGAUGUCCGUGAGCAACUCCUAUGUUGCUAAUGCCCAGUUCAUGCGUGGGGGCAGUGGGGGGGACGACACCGACUCCGUGGCCAUGGAAAUAGACUCUUCUAAAUCUUCCUCGCACACAAACAUCGCCAUACCACUGAAUGAUCUGUUAGUGCCACCACAGCCAGAGUUGGAAUCGGUUGAUUUCAAAGCGGGGAUUGACGAUCCUAAUUUGAUCAAGCGAGUAUCUAAACAUUUACCCCAGGACGAUUCGUUAUCACAAGAAGGGGCCGACAUAACUCGAGAUUUAUACAAGAUUAGUCAUGGCCAACCCAAGUUGAAGCGAUCCCAAAGUUAUGGCUCGAUGCUGUCUCGUAGAUCAAGUGCUAGCUCGUUCAAUGUGCCUGGGGGUUUCAGAAGAGAAUUUCUAUUACAACAAAGUGCCAAGGAGGAAUCGUUACGAACUAGAACCCCCAACUUCUUAACGAGAAAUUUCAUUGAAUUCUUGAGUAUCUAUGGACAUUUUGCUGGUGAAGACUUAGAAGAUGAUGAAAACAUCGCUAAUCAUUACAAGUAUUUACUUCCUCUGGAGGAGUUACCUUUGAUUGAUGAAAAUAUCAACCCCAAGGGAACAGCCACGGAUAAAAAGGCAUAUUUAUUGUUAUUAAAGGCGUUUGUUGGCACUGGGGUUCUUUUCCUCCCCAAGGCAUUUGCAAAUGGUGGAUUGCUAUUUUCAAUUUUAACCUUGGUAUUUUUCGCAGCCCUUUCAUAUUGGUGUUAUUUGAUCUUGGUGUAUACUAAAAUUGCAACCAAGCUUUCGAGUUUCGCAGAAAUUGGGUUGAAGUUAUACGGUAAUUGGUUGCAAAGGUUGAUUUUAUUUUCAAUUGUCAUAUCUCAAAUUGGAUUUGUUGCUGCUUAUAUUGUAUUCACAUCGCAGAAUCUACGAGCAUUUAUAUCAAAUGUGUCCCUGUUUAACAUGGAAGAUUUGAACAUGUUAUGGUUUAUCCUCUUUCAGUUGGCUAUAAUUGUUCCCUUGUCGUUGAUUAGAGAUAUCACCAAAUUGUCAUUGCUGGCAACAUUGGCUAAUUUCUUUAUUUUUUCGGGAUUGUUAACCAUAUUGUAUUUCAUCGUAUAUCAAUUGUUCAUGGAGGGGACAGGUGAAAAUAUUGAAUACAUGUUCAACCAAAGCGAAUUCUCGUUAUUCAUCGGUACCGCUAUCUUUGCAUUUGAAGGAAUUGGAUUAAUUAUUCCCAUUCAAGAAUCAAUGAUUUAUCCCAACAAUUUCCCCAAAGUUUUAGCCCAAGUAAUUGCAACAAUCGCCUUGAUUUUUAUCGUCAUUGGUACUUUGGGUUAUAUGACUUUUGGCGACCAAAUUCAAACCGUGAUUUUGUUGAACUUGCCUCAGGAUUCACCCAUGAUUAUCAUGACUCAAUUGUUGUAUUCAUUUGCGAUAUUAUUAUCUACACCUUUACAGUUGUUCCCAGCCAUCAGAUUAGUAGAGUCAAAGUUAUUCUUCACCAGUGGGAAACGGUCGGUUGGGGUGAAAUGGUUAAAGAAUUUGUUUAGAACCUUGUUUGUGGUGUUGACGGCAUACAUUGCCCUCAUCGGUGGUAAGAACUUGGAUAAGUUUGUUUCAUUUGUUGGUUGUUUUGCGUGUAUUCCCUUGGUUUACAUGUAUCCGCCAAUCCUACAUUUAAAAAGUUGCUGUAAAAUUCAUAACGGGUUACUGGAAGCAGAAAAGAGGUCAAGAUACUGGUUGGCCGUGCUUGAUUACAUUUUGGUCUUUAUUGGUGGUGUAGCGAUGAUCUAUACAACUUAUCAAAUAUUAGCAUAA